UGAAAUUUAAAGGAGGCUGGAGCUGCACGGGGAGAUUGGAGCUGAGAUCCUGCAAGAGCCUGGAGCUGAGGAGAAAAAGCCUCUCAGAGGGAAGGAGGCAAGAAGUGGAGAAUUUAAGGGACACUCUGAAGAAACGAUGAAUAAAAUGAAGCAAGAACUCGUGUGUCUAUUGCUGCUUUGUGGUGUAGUCUUCACUCUGUCCAGCCAGGAAAGCCGCGCCCGAUUUGGAAGAGGGGCCAGGUCUUACAGUGUGACCUGCAGAGAUGAAAAAACACAGAUGACGUACCUGCAUCACGAGUCGUGGCUGCGUCCCGUGAUCAGAAGCAACCGGGUGGAGUACUGCUGGUGCAACAGUGGCAGGGCACAGUGCCACUCCGUGCCCAUCAAAAGUUGCAGUGAACCAAGGUGUUUCAAUGGGGGGACGUGUAAGCAGGCUGUCUAUUUCUCAGAUUUUGUCUGCCAGUGCCCUGAAGGAUUUGUGGGGAAACGCUGUGAAAUAGACACCAACGCCACAUGCUACAAGGACCAGGGAGUCACCUACAGGGGCACAUGGAGCACAGCGGAAAGCGGGGCUGAGUGCCUCAACUGGAACAGCAGCGCACUGGCCCUGAAGCCGUACAAUGGGCGGAGGCCCGAUGCUGUCAGGCUGGGCCUUGGGAACCACAAUUACUGCAGAAACCCAGACCGAGACUCGAAGCCCUGGUGCUACAUCUUUAAGGAGGGGAAGUACACCUCCGAGUUCUGCAGCACGCCAGCCUGUGCCAAUGAAAAAAAAGAGGAUUGCUACUUUGGAAAAGGGUUAGAUUACCAGGGGACCCACAGCAUUACCACAUCUGGUGCCACCUGCCUUCAGUGGGAUUCUCUGACCCUGAUAGGCAAGAUUUACACAGCAUGGAACAGCAACGCCCAGGCACUGGGCCUGGGCAAACACAAUUACUGCCGGAAUCCAGAUGGUGAUGCCAAGCCCUGGUGCCACGUGCUAAAGGACCACAAGCUGACGUGGGAAUACUGUGACGUGCCCCAGUGCUCCACCUGUGGCCUGAGACAGUACAAGCAGCCUCAGUUUCGCAUUAAAGGAGGACUCUACACGGACAUCACCUCUCAUCCCUGGCAGGCCGCCAUCUUUGUCAAGAACAGGAGGUCACCAGGAGAGAGGUUUCUAUGCGGGGGAACACUGAUCAAUUCCUGCUGGGUCCUGUCUGCUGCCCACUGCUUCCAGGAGAGGUUUCCUUCCCACCAUGUUAAGGUGGUCUUGGGCAGGACGUACCGGUUGGUUCCUGGAGAGGAGGAGCAGAAAUUUGAAGUCGAAAAAUACAUCGUCCAUAAGGAAUUUGAUGACGACACUUACAACAAUGACAUUGCACUGUUGCGGCUGAAAUCUGAUUCAUCGUACUGUGCUCAGGAGAGCAACACGGUGCGCCCUGUCUGCCUCCCUGAGGCCAGCCUGCAGCUGCCCGACUGGACCGAAUGUGAGCUUUCUGGCUACGGCAAGCACGAGUCGACUUCUCCUUCCUAUUCCGAGCGCCUGAAGGAGGCUCAUAUCCGACUGUAUCCGUCCAGCCGCUGCACAUCACAGCAUAUGUUCAAUAAAACCGUCACAAACAAUAUGUUGUGUGCCGGAGACACACGUAGUGGAGGAAGCCAAGUGAACCUGCAUGACGCCUGCCAGGGUGAUUCAGGAGGCCCUUUGGUGUGUAUGACGGACAAGCGCAUGACUUUGGUUGGCAUCAUCAGUUGGGGCAUUGGCUGUGGACAGAAAGAUGUUCCGGGUGUAUAUACCAAGGUUGCUAAUUACCUAGACUGGAUUCAAGACAAUAUGCGACCAUGACCUAGGAAAUCCAACUCUCUGAAAUCAACUGGUAUCCUGCCUUCUUCAGAAGACACACUGCAAAGACGGAGUGAUUCUUUGUACAGACUUCUCCAUAAACCAUCACACAGUGGAAGUGGGAGGAGAACUGGCAGGAGAGGGAAGUGAUUGUGUUUUGACAGUGAGUUCCUAUUGUGGAAGUUUUCAGGAGUCAAGGUCUGAUUUCAGAAUGUAUUCUGCCAGAUGGGAAGACAGAUAAAUGAAUGCCAGCUUCUCCAGGAAUGCCACCAUCUAGAGUAGAAGAGAUGUAGAACAAAAACCCAACCUCUUAAAUCUGCCAACAUCAGUGGCUUUGGAGAUGGGGCCACCAAGAUAAAAGCAUGUCUUAAUACUGAAAAAGAGCUAGAUUCUUCAAGAUGGAAGGAUUGUAUUAGAAAUAGAACGUAUACAUAUAUGCUCACAAGAAAGCGUUAAUAGGGCCUCCAAAUAGGGGGUGGCUGGCCAGCCAGAUUGGGCUGUUUCUCCCAGAAACUUCUGGAUCUCUACCACCUUUUGAAUCAGGUCAAGUAUUCUUCCUCCUUCCUUUAUUCCACAACUCUUGUAAGGUAUUCCUUACUUUUGUGUACAGUGUAAAUCUUUUUUCUCUAUAAAUUUUACAAUAGAACAGGAGAAUGGUAUCACUUUAAUAAUUGAUAAAGGAGGCUUUAGAUAUUUAUAACUAUCAAUCCAUUUUCUUUUUUAUUUUCUGUUGCCACAACCUUGUACUACACUGUAGUAAAACAAAUUUUUUAAAAUAAAUGUAUUUUUCACUUUUUUUUUCCCCAAA